AUGGUUUUUGGUCAACAUCCUCUCCCGGGAGGUCUUUUUGGCGGCCUUGGCUCCAACGCGAACAACAACAAGGGUGGUCUUUUUGGCAGUUCUAACAGCGGUAACAGCAACACCGGAAACACCAGUAACCCGUUCGGCAACGCCCCGGCCACCGGUGGUCUCUUUGGCUCGCUCAACAACAACGGCCAUCGCGAAGGUACCACAGGUGGGCUCUUUGGACAGAGCACCGGAUAUAGCUUGUUCGGCGGCCAAGUCAACAACAUGGCCGGUCACGUCUGCGGACUCUACUACCUCGACCUGACGGCAUCCUAUCACUGUGGGUAUCGACGGAACUACCUGCCCACCGUCUCACAAUCAGUUCACGCACGCGUGAUCGCAUCGACUGCAAGAACGACACUCACCCAGACUUUCGUCAACCCAUCCAAGACUGAAGUCAUCCCUGAGCUCCGCUACACCUUUCCCUUGUACGAUAGCGUCUCGGUGGUAGGCUUCACUUGCACCAUCAACAACACCCGCGUCAUCCGCGGCGUUGUCCAGGAGAAGAACACCGCCCGCAAAACAUACGACGCGGCCGUCGCCAAAGGCGAGACUGCCGGCCUCUUCGAGCAGUUGCCUGAAGCCAGCGACGUGUUCACCACCACCAUUGGCAACGCCCCCGCCGGCGCCGAACUCAAAGUAGAGAUAGCCUAUCUCGGCGAGCUCAAGCACGAUGCUGAAGUCGACGGCAUCAGACUUACCAUUCCCACCAGCAUCGCCCCUCGUUACGGCUCCUACCCUGGCACUCUGAUGGAGAAGCCUUCCGAUGUUUCCUCCAAGGACGGCAUCGAGAUUAUCGUCGACGCGGAGAUGCCAGGUGGCAGCGCCAUCAAAUCCAUCCAGUCCCCUUCUCACCCCAUCGCCGUCUCCGUCGGCUCAACCUCGACCAUGAGUGCCGACUCCACCCCAUCCCUCCAGCUCGCCUCUGCCACGCUCUCUCUCGGAACCGCAGAGCUCGAGAGAGACUUCAUCGUCCAGAUCAUCGCAACCAACACAUCCAACCCCAUCGCCGUCCUCGAGACGCAUCCCACAAAGCCCCACCAGCAGGCCAUCAUGGCCACUCUAGUGCCCAAGUUCAAGCUCGCCACCACGAAGCCCGAGGUCGUCUUCGUCUGCGACCGCUCAGGCUCCAUGCAGGGCAAGAUCGCCGACCUGAAGAACGCGCUGCAGAUUUACAUGAAGUCCCUCCCCGUCGGCUGCAUGUUCAAUAUCUGCAGCUUCGGCAGCCGCCACACAUUCCUCUUCCCCAAGUCCCAGACGUACGACAAGAAUACCCUGAAUACUGCCAUGAAGCACAUCGACAAGUUCGGUUCCGACUACGGCGGCACGGAGCUUUAUGCGCCCAUCGAGCAGACCUUCAAGCGCCGGCACAAGGACCUUGACCUUGAGGUGUUUGUCCUGACGGAUGGUGAAGUUUGGAACCACGAGAACCUGUUUGGCAUGGUCAACAAGCAUGUGGAGGACUCCAAGGGCAGUGUUCGUCUGUUUACUCUGGGCAUCGGCCGCGGCGUCAGCCAUGCCUUGGUUGAGGGCCUCGCUCGUGCAGGCCAGGGCUUUUCGCAGACGGUUUCCGAGAAGGAGAAGAUGUCGGGCAAGGUCGUCCGGAUGCUCAAGGGAGCUCUUACUCCACAUGUGAAGGACUACUCUCUUGAGGUCAAGUACGCCGACGCGGAAUCGGAAACUGAGCCUGAGGAUGACUUUGAGGUCAUCGAUCCUGUAUCCCCCAAGCCAGGGCCUUCCAGCGAGAGACCUGCGCCGGUGCCCCAGAAGCCCAUCUCCCUCUUCGAUCCCGAUUCCGAAGACGUCGAUAUGGACAACACGAACCAGCAAGACGAUGGUACUGGCACCGAGCGCUUUUCCCGUGUGCCCACCGUCAAGCCACCCAAGAUCCUCCAGGCGCCCUUUCGCAUCCCGCCCCUGUACCCAUACAGCCGGACUAGCGUCUACCUCCUGCUAUCUCCAGACCGGGCACUCAGGAACAGAACUCCCUCUUCUGUGGUCCUUCGCGGAACGUCAUCCCAAGGUCCUCUAGAACUCGAGAUCCCCAUCACGAUCCUCGCCGAGAAGGCCAAGACGAUCCACCAACUCGCAGCCCGCAAGGCCGUCAAGGAGCUCGAAGAGGGCCGCGGCUGGAUCUUCCAUGCCAAGGGUAAGGACGGAAAGGAGCUGCAGAAGAGCCACCCCGGCAGGUUCCCCGCCAUGGUCGAGCGCGAGGCCGUCCGUCUCGGUGUCGGAUUCCAAGUCGGAGGCAAGUGGUGCUCCUUUGUCGCGGUAGAGGCCAACGACAAUGAUGAGGAUGCGGUCGAAUCCCCUGUGGAGGAGGUCCCCGCACCUGGAAGAGAGCCAGAUUGGCAUGGUAUUCCUGACAUGGCUGAAGACCGCCGUUGCAGAAACACAGCUCACUCCGCAAGGAAGAGCAUCAUGCAGAGGCAGGCGAUGGGCCUGGCACAACAACAGGCACAGCAACAGGCACAACAACAGCAACAACAGCAACAGCAGAUCCAACCACAGCAACAGCAGCAACAGCUACAAAACCACCAACAAGGGCUCAUGAUGCUCCGUCAAGACCGGUCCAAACGAAGCCAGCCACUUGGCAUGGCUCGAGGCUACUCUCCUGUCUCGCCACCCGCACCGGCUGCGACUACAUCUAUGUUCAGCAGCCAGCCUACAGCUGGUGGUUUGUUCGGCUUUCCAACAUACACUCCACCGGGCGCGAGUUCUUCUGCAUUUGGAUGCAAGCCCGCGGCUGGUGGUCUGUUUGGCGGCUCAACAUCCUCUGCCCCAGCCGCGAGCUCGUCUCUAUUUGGAAGCAAGCCCACGACUGGUGGUUUGUUCGGUGGCCCAACUUCCCCUGCACCCAACACAAGCCCUUCUCCUUUUGGCAAUAAGUCUUCAACUGGUGGUUUGUUCGGUAGCUCAUCCUCUUCCUUCUCAGGUGCUCCACGGGCGUUCGCAAGCAACGCCCUCGCCCGGCCGGCUGUGCAAUCUGCGGCUACCCCGACAGGCGGCGGUUUGUUCGGCACAUCCGCAUCAACAGGCGGCCUCUUCGGCGCUCCCGCCCCGGCGCCUGUUCAAGCAGCCGCACUCGCUCCGCCUACCAAACAGGUUGAGCCAUCCCUGCUGGCCCAGUACCAAAUGGAAAUGAGCAACGCCGCGGCCAUGCCACUUCCCGACGAGGACCUCAUCGACUACUCAGACGAAGACAUCGACCCCAAGCCUGCCGCCCCUGUUCACAAGAAGAAGCGCAGGAGUGCAGGAAACAACCUGUUCAGCGUUGAGGCCGAGGUAGACGAGGACGAUGACGCACAGGUCGACGAGGAUGCUGCCGACAAGUUCUCCGUGCUCGUCGAGAUGCAGGACUUCAGCGGCUUCUGGGCCUGGUCUGCCCAGCUGCUGAAGGUGCUGGAUGUCACGGAACAGCAGGUCAACGAUGCUCUGGCCAGUUUUCAGGCGAGCCAGAACGUGGUGGCUACCUCGGUGGUGGUCGCGUUCUUACGCAAGAAGCUGGCGCAUGAGAGUGAGAGCUGGGAGAUGAUGGAGGAGAAGGCUGUCGCUUGGCUUGAGGAGGAGAGUGGAGAUGAUGUAGUUGGGAAGGUGUUGGCUGCGGCUGAGGCCCUGUUUUGA